UCAAGUUAUUAUAUUACCAAAGUUCUCUCACUUUGUGUCAGAUUUCGUUUUUCUUCAACGCUCAUAUUAUUCGCAAGGUAUUCUUAUGAUAACUACAUAUACAGAUUCUAUAAAAGAGUAGCGCUGAAUUGUACAGCAGUUUGGCACCGCUUUCGCAGAAAGCAAUACAGAGAUGGAUACUUAACCUCACUUUCUCAGCCGCUCAGUGAAGGGAGCAACCAUGUAAGCCGUCGAAAGCAUUCCAAUGUGUCAUUUAAGCCGAACAUUCCUCGUGGAGGGUGUAUCCACAUUCGUUUCUGCCAAGUGUUCUAGCGUCUCGUAAUCCUUCUUCAACAAUUAUUCUCGACGAAGUUUCCCGCAAAGACGGGUGCGUACAGCGUUGAUUCGUAGUACCGGUACUCGGAACCGAAUUUUCUUCUACCUCAGCCUCACAAUGACUGAGAAAUCUAAAAGGAUAGUAACAAGAUUCCACCCAACUCAUGGGCAAAACAUUGUGCUCAUGGAAGACAGUACGGUAGCUUAUCGUACUGCCAGCUUUGCCAAUUCCCUGGCCUUCAGUGAAAAACCCCUGCAGCCAGGUGAAAUCUUCCUGGUUGAGAUUGAAGAAACAGAAAGAGGUUGGAGCGGACAUAUGAGACUAGGUCUUACAUUAAUCGACCCGGCUUCUGUUAAUGAUAGCCUGCCCCAAUAUGGUAUGCCUAAUCUGGGCAGUUUGGGUUAUACGUGGAUAUUUGCCAUUACCAAGAAUCACACUAUAUGGGACAGUUUUGAAGGUAUUGCAGGCACAGGCUAUGGUGAAGGAAAAUUAUCCAGGGAGAAAAAAUUAAUUACAGACGGAGAUAAUGUUCAAACAUCGAGGGGAAUUAUUCCAUUGAAUGCUCUCAGACCAAACGUAAUCACUUCAUCUCAUUAUAUCCUACCCACAGAUGUUGGAAGUCGUAUUGGAAUUAUGUAUGUGCCACAGGCUGGCACUGGCGAAGCAGAAAUGCAUUUUAUAAUAAAUGGAGUAGACCAGGGUAUAUGUGCAAGGCACAUACCCUACAAGACAGGACCUUUGCGUGCAGUAGUAGAUGUGUACGGCACUACCAAACAAGUCAGGAUAGUUCAAUUGUACGGUGCUGUAUCCACCCUACAGAGUGCCUGCCGCGACGCUAUACUACAGUAUACUAAGAAAAACGCAGUUGAUUCGCUUCCACUUCCGCGGGCUCUAAAGGAUUAUUUACUGUAUAAAUCGCAGUGAAAAAUCGUAUCAUUCCAUCUCGUCACUCGACAUUACCUUUUACCUUUGUUCGGAUAAUAGUAUCAGUACUCGUUAUUAUUCCUUUGCAAUUAACUGUUUU